UAUUGUGCCUUGAUAGCUCAUAUAUCAGUGAUGGCGGCUUAUGGUGCAGCGACCUCUCUCAAGAAUACGAUUCUGCGUAUUCUACAAUCGUCUCGCAUUUCCCUCGUUUCCCACUCUCCACAAAUCUUACUACCUGCCUACGAAGAGAUGGAUCGAUUGCAGAAAGUUCUGCUCAAAUUGGACGACACCAGCUGCUGCAAGAUCAGAACGAAGGUGAAUGCUGCAGAUGAACGAAUCAAAGAGGCAGUUUGGGAAUUUGAAGAUUUACUUGAAUCCCAUAUCUUACCUCAGAUUCUUCCACAACUCGAGAGCUCGAGAGAUCACUUGUCUUUCUCUGUAGAUCUGCAGUCUCUGCAACACCGUGUUGAUAGCUUGGUCGAGAAGAUGAAGAUGAUGGAGGAGGAAUACACUAAUGAAAUGGAGAAUAUGCCUGAAGAAGAAGGCAAGCCUAUCUCCUCAAGAAUAGAUCACGGUGGAAUCAACUCAAAGAUGGUUGGAUUAUCUGAUCGUAUUGAAAAAGUCAGAGAUAAUCUUCUCGAUGAAUAUAACUACCAACCCUAUUCGAUUAUUGGGAUGGGGGGCAUUGGCAAGACGACUCUUGCUAAGCAUAUUUUUGAAGAUCCAUCAAUUCGGAGCCAUUUUGAGUUUCGAGCAUGGGUCAACGUGGGCAGGAAAUGCGAAACUGAUGAACUAUUACGAUGUGUUCUAGCUCAAGUGGAUCCCAACGCCCACAAAAUCCUUACCCAAGGAGGUGAUCAUGACGGCGAGGAAUUAGUUGGAGUCUUAAGAGAAAGAUUGAAGGAUGUGAGAUGUCUCAUUGUGUUGGAUGAUGUUUGGGACAAAGAAGCAAAUCGCUUGACCAAUUGCUUAAGAGAAAAGAAUAUUGUUGGAAGGAUUCGAUUCUUACUUACGAGUAGACUGGGAAUAACAUUCACGCGGCAUGGGUACGAAAGAAUGUACUUUUUAAAUGAAGAAGAAAGUAAUGAAUUACUUGGUGAGAAGUGUUUGGUGAGGAGGGUUUCCCUCCUCAACUUGAGGAACUGGGAAAGAAGAUUGCUAAGAAAUGUGAAGGUCUUCCUCUUAUGAUAGUUACGGUUGCAGAGCUCCUAUCAAAAGCCGACAAGACCCCAGAAUACUGGACUGAGGUGCUCAUCAAACAACAUGGUUCGAUCUUUGUGACUGCAUAUAAUCAAAUAUCAGAGGUACUUUUUCCAAGCUAUGACUACUUACCCCAACAUUUUAAAAUGUUUUUUCUUUAUAUGGGAGCUUUCCCUCCAUAUAUCGAUAUCCAUCCAAUCCUGAUCAAUAGUUUGUCGAGUGCUGAGGGGUUUGUUGAACCAAUUGGAGAAGAAAGUUUUGCAGAUCUUUCCAAUGAAUGUUGGAAAAAGCUUUCUAGGCGGUAUCAUCUUGUUCUCGAGAUAGCAAAUUAUAAGUUUCCGGUGAGUAGUUAUCGCGUGCAUUCUUGCUUGCAGCACUUGUGUAAGAAAGAAACUAGUAGAAUCAAGUUUAUGCAUGUCUUAGAAAGUUGUGAUGAUGUUAUAAGAGACCAACGUCGAUUGUGUGUCCACUGGAACAGUUUAUUUUGCUUCAAACAAGUGUGUGAUUCGAUAAAAAGUGAUUGUGCAUCUACUGUUCGUUCUCUCCUUUGUUUUGGUCCUUGUCACUCAUAUCCAGUGCCAAUACUUGACAUGGGUCUCAAGUUGCUCAGGGUACUAGAUGCUGCUUAUGUCCGAUUUUAUCAUAUCCCAAUUGAAAUUUUGAAACUAGUUUGUCUUCAGUACCUUGCCCUAACUUGCAAUGGGGACCUCCCUCCUUCCAUAUCCAACCUUUUUCACUUGCAAUUCCUGAUUAUUGGUAGACAUAUGAAUAUUAAAAAGCGUGGAGUUCAGUCAUAUAUGCCUGUGCAAAUUUGGGAUAUGCAAGAACUCGAGCACAUUCAGAUUUGGGGAAGGGAUCUUCCAACCCCUAAUACUGAUGCUACCUUGGACAAGCUCAUCAUACUUGUUGGUGUGAGUGCAAGCAGUUGUACAAGGGAAGUUCUCAAAAGAAUUCCUAAUCUAAAGGUAUUACGGAUUGAAGUGGAGUUGAAGCCUUAUGAUGAUGAAGACGAAACCAACUCAUUGAGUUGCUUGAGUUAUAUCUCACAACUUCAGAAUUUGGAUAGACUUGAAUAUCAUGUUGUCAAUCCUGAGAUGAAGUAUGAGUUUAAUACCAUUCCUCUUUCAAUGUUUCCAUCAAGUCUCAAAGAGUUACAUUUGAGUGGGUUGGGAUAUCCUUGGAAGUACAUGAAUGACAUUGGUUCGUUGCUGCCAAAUCUUGGGAUGCUUGUAUUAAGAUGCUAUGCCUUUCGAGGCCUAGAGUGGGAAAUUACCCUGGGGAGUUUCUUGAAACUUACUACACUUAUAAUUGAAGACACCGAUUUGGUGCAAUGGAGACCUCAACGUGGAAGUUUCCCAGAUCUCCGAACCCUAAGCAUGGAGCAUUGCUACAAAUUACAGCAACUCGAAUGGCCGUAUGACCACUCUUGGAUCACGACCAUUGAAUUAGUCGAGUGCAAUCCUUUAGCUGUCGCUUGUGCCAAUCAAUUAAGAGACAAGUUUUCCUUUAAACUUAUGGUUGAUACUUCCUUUUGAGCUCAAGUGAUUCUACAACUUGCCUGCGAGGCAAAUGAGAGCCGAUCGAAGGGGUCAGAUGUGGCGUUAUCACAUAGUUUCCAUUGUUUGUCUGAAUUUAAGGAUUUGUGAGUUGUCUGAAGCCUGCGUGCUUAAUUAAUUAUGUUUGUAACCAAAAUUUGUUGUAAGUUGGAUUAUGAAACCUUUCUGUGUUAUGCAUGAUUUUCACUCUGUUUUA